UGUGCCACUAACCCCAUUUCCCGAAGGCUGCCUGUAUAAAUGUGGAAGACAUUAUUUUGCGCAGGUCGAGCCUGCUGGACCAGCUGAAGACGGAUUGAUGUUGAUUUUCUUUGGGCCUGACACAAAUCUGUCAUUUUAAGUUUCUGUCCUAGAAACAUUCUUGACUGCCUCUCUGGUUUGUGCGUCUGUCCCGGACGAGGAGGCGGUGGGGUGGCGUCACGUCAUAUCAGCCGCCGCGCUCUGAUUGGCUGCCGAUUCUCACCCGACACAGCUGUGAUUGUUUUCUGCGGCGGAAGCUCCUGUCCCUGGUAUGAGCUCUGAGCGGUGGAAUGAGCAGGAACACCGAGUGCGCGUUUUCCCCCCUCUCCGUGUGCAUAUGCUAAACGACGAUGUGAACAAACAACGUGAUUGAACUCCUCGUCGAAAAAAAAAAAAGAGCAGGGACAACAACAGCGAGGGAGGGAGUGACUGAAUCCUCAUCAUCAUCAUCAUCUGCAGAGGCGCGAAUGAACAGAAGUGGAGGUUUCUGUUUGGAUCAGACACUGCCUGGGGAUCAAGAAAAGUGCCAAAUGCCCAGACUGGAGGACCACUGCUGGAGCUGCUCUUGUUCAUCCAAGGCUGAAACUAAGCACUCUUUAUCUGGGGCGAACUGGUUGGCAUCCAAAGCUGAAGAAAUGAUGUCCAUCAUCACCUCGGUGCUCAGCAAUGCCUACGGCUCGCUGCACCACGUCCGCACCGCCAACCUGAUCCGCCGGGGUCUGGUCCUCUUCACGGUCGGGGUGUUCCUCGCCCUGGUCCUCAACUUGCUGCAGAUACAAAGAAAUGUCACCCUGUUUCCAGAGGAGGUGAUGACAACUUUGUUCUCAUCUGCCUGGUGGAUCCCACCUUGCUGUGGCACAGCGGCCGCUGUUGUCGGCCUCCUCUACCCCUGCCUCGACAGCCACUUGGGAGAGCCGCACAAGUUCAAGAGGGAGUGGGCCAGCGUCAUGAGAUGCAUCGCCGUGUUCGUCGGCAUCAACCACGCCAGUGUUAAACUAGAUAUUGACAACAACGUGCAGCUCUCGCUCACGCUGGCAGCUUUGUCCUUGGGCCUGUGGUGGACGUUCGACCGCUCCAGGAGCGGAUUUGGCCUGGGCAUCACCACUGCCUUCCUGGCCACGGUGAUCACACAGCUGCUGGUCUACAACGGAGUUUACCAGUACACGUCACCUGACUUCUUGUAUGUACGCUCCUGGCUCCCGUGCAUAUUCUUCUCAGGCGGCGUUACCAUUGGUAACAUAGGACGCCAACUUGCCAUGGGUGGAGUUGAGAAACCCCACAUGGACUAAAACUGAACUACAGAAGAGGAGAAAGAUGGAAAAGCAUCGAAUUUUAGAGAAAGCCGGAGAAAAAGGACUCGUCGUAUUGACUCCAUCCUUUGUUCUCAUAACAAAGUGCAAGUUAGAGAAGCCCCUCAUCUAACGUGCCAUGUCCUCUGCGCCUCCUUGCGGCCAAACAACCUCUCCUUCCCGACUCUGUCCUGCUCCAUUAGCAGUGAGGCUUCCUUUACACUAAGCAGGAGGACAGUGUUUGCCUUUUUUCGUGUUCUUAUUUGAAGUGAACAGUGGACUGGUUUCAUUUUACGGAGUGCUUUACGGUGGAUCUGUCCCGGCCAUAGCAGAGAAGACAUGAGAGGGGGUACUAUAAUGUCUUUUUUUUUAUUAUUAGCUUGAUUAUAUUAUGAUCACAAAAGGGAAAUAAUGUUUGAGUGGGCCAAUACGCGCCUUCACUCUCACAUAGAAAUGUACUCAGUGGCCUCAGUGAAAUCACUGUGACACAAGGGGGAUGUAUGUUCCCAAUCAAACCAAAUUAAGUAUUUAUUUUUUAGGUUUUCAGUGAUCCCAAACCAAAUGGUACAAAUGAUGGAUUUUGAUAAGAGUAGUUUGAUAUUUUGAUAAAAUAGUUUGCUUUCUUGAUGAGAUGAGAACAGUGGGAACCAGCGAACUAAGUUUGUUUAAUAUAAGCUUAAAAAGCUCAAACAACAUGCUUGCUGGUUCUAGCUACGUGUGUAGUGUGCAGAAACGAGACAGGUAUUGAUUUCCGGAUGUAAUUCGUGAGACAAAAACAGAACGCUUCCAAAAAUAUUAAUUUGGAGACGGUAAACAAACAGGAAGUGAGUAACGAGUAAGAAGUGCCAUUUAGUUAACUACCAAUCCGUGCUUGGGAUGUAUGAGACAUACGGGGCGAGUUAAAGCUACAUUGUGGAGAGUUAAAACUCUUCAUGCCUAAGUUUCUAAAUCUGGUGGCUGUGGCAACCAGCAAUAAUGUUUUGCCAGAGCGGAAGAGGUUAGCAAAUUUAGCGAUGGAGACGAGUAGCCUACAACAACCAGGAGUAUGCAGAAGAAACUAGAGUUACAAAUGUAACUACCGUCUCUUGUGUCUUUACCUCGUUGGAGAAGGUACCCUGGACUGUAUUGACAGCGUUAGUGUAAUUAUUCUUACUGCCAGCAGGGGGAGCAGAACGUUCCACAGGGUAGCUUUAAAGUAUUUGGAGUAUUCAAUGCAAAUUACUUUAGCUCUUCAGUAUCAUAUUCAAUCACAGCUUUCUGUUCGUACAAGAUCUUUUUUUUUGGGGGGGGGGGGGCAAAGUACUCCGACACCUUUUUGUCUGUUUCGGAUUAGUUCCAGACAAGCAGAGUGGAUUGUUCUAAGUAUGAAAGAAAGCUGGGGGGAGUACGACAUCAACGCAUUAGUCUGGACUGAAAACAAUGUUAGCAAUGUGCACAUGUGCAGAGUUAACACAAGCCACCAAUGUGGGCCGUGUUGUGAAAGAAUGUACGUGAAGGAAACCAGUAAAAACACUUUUCUGAUGUAUUUUUACCCUUGUAACGAGGUUCUAAACGUAAAAUGAUCCUUUGAAUUCCCGUUGAGACAAAUGUUUUAGUGUGUGAUUGUAAACUUUUCCCACUUCCAACCAGAGACAAUAGUUUGGGAACAUACACCGAAGAAAGGAGAAGGCAGGACAUUAUUACUUAAGAUUUGCAAUCUGUGAUUGCCUGUGUAUUAUAGAAUGUAGUGCUUUUGUCACUAUAACAGUUUAGUUUUCUCACUUGUAUAAACGUAAUGACAUUACUGCUUGUAUGUAUAAUGGCUUUCUUAUGUCAUCAGACAGGUAUUACCAGACUAGACCUACUAUUUGUAUGUUAGUGUUUGGGGUCUAGAGGAUUAAGUGCAAUCAGACUAUACAUGAGCCGAUUAUUCUUCCUUGUUCAUUGUUUCUGACAAAGGCUAAAAAAGAAAAAAAUAUACAUAUAUAUAACUUGUAAGUAUAUGCAGUGUGGAUACUUCAAAAAAAGCAAUAACAUCAUUUUUUUGUGAACUUUUGUCAGAUUACAUGCCUUUGGAGUCAAUACCAAUGACUCUCAGCAGAGAGACAGCAUUAAAAAAAUACAUUGUGUGAAACUGUUGUACAAAUCUUAUUUAGUAGCAUUAUGGAAGGAGACACGAUUUAUUUUUUUAAAAAUACUUUCUGUGGCAGAUCACGUCAGGUCGAAUCUGCCCACAUUCAGGUGUGUUGAGCUGAAGAGGAAGCUUUAUUUUUUUUUUUUUGAGGUGGUGAAGCACCCUUUGUUUCAAUGUUUAAGAGUCUCUGUGUGUCUGAUAUUUCAACUGUGUAUCGUUUUUGCUACCCUGGAUUUAAGUGAAAAAUAAAAUUUAAACAAAAACAUCCA